AUGGCAAAUGAUUUGGGAUUAAGUCUGGAGGACUUUGAGUUUUCUAAAAUACUGACAGAUUUACUUGAGGAACAGAAUCCCUCUAAAUCCCUGACUAAACUAAAGCCCCAAAGUUGGUUUACCCCUAACCUGAAGGAUACCCCACAUGUUGACCUUUUUGUUGAAAUGACCACAAGCGACCUGGCAAAGAUGCAUCUUGAACGUCCAGUAGACAACAAUUUGACCAUUAUGGAACAGAAAGCGCUUAAGGAAUUAAAAACAUUAGACAAUGUCAUCAUAAAACCAGCCGACAAAGGUGGCAACAUCGUCUUACUAAAUCGUGACAUGUACAUUGAUAUGUGCAUGGCACAUAUCAGUGACGAAUCCAAUUACAGUGUUCUCCCCUCUGAUCCCACUGCGAGUUACAUUAGAGAAUUUGAAGCUUUACUUUCUAAAGCUCUAGACUAG